AAUAAUAUUUUGUAAGGAGAGGUUACAAUUUGUAUCAAGGCAGGGUCAGUGGUAUGUGUGAUUAAAAUGCGUAAUCCUUAUAAUGCGGUGAUUGAGAAAAUUGGUUUAAGUGGCAAAAUUUUGAUUUGCCCGUUGAUUGGCCAGGAGAGGAUAAGCACGUGACUUUGACAGUAGUUGACACCUAACAUAACCUAACAAUAUAAAAAGAAUUUAAAAUAUUUUGGAAUUUUCACGUGUUUUGGAUUUCUUCUGGGGUCAAAAAAGCUGCUUUUUUUUUAUCAAAUUAAUAAAAUAUGGGCAAGCAGCAGAAACCGUCGAAGCGAAAAGUAAACGAGCACCAAGAGACUGAAGUUAUUGAAACGAAUCAGGAAUCGGAAGAGGAUUCAUUUAAAGAGAUAAUCCAGGACGAGGACAGUUCAGAUUCCGAGGCUGAAUUAGAGGACAGUGACUUUGAGGAGGCUUUAGAGGACAGUGACCAAGAGGGUGACGAUGAGGAUAACGAAUCUACUCAAGAAUCGAGUGAAGAAGAUCAUGAUUAUGUAUCAGAAGAAAACGACUCAGGAGAAUCAGACACAGAUGACCAGUCAGACUCAGAACAAGCAGAAACCACCACAGAAAAAACCAUCGUUAAAAAUCAAAAGGGGCAGGCCAAAAACACUAUCAAGUCCAAAACUGAGCGCCAAUCAAAAACUGUACAAGAUAAUGGAGAAAAUCCUAAAAGAGAAAUUGUAGAGGACGAGUAUGACGAGCAUGACACCAGUGACGAGGAAGACAUCAGAAACACUGUAGGGAACAUCCCGAAAAAUUGGUAUGACGAGUACAAGCAUAUGGGAUACGAUUGGGACGGGAAUAAAAUCGGUAAACCGGAAACCGGGGACCAUCUGGAUGAAUUUUUAAAGAAGAUGGAAGAUCCGGACUUCUGGAGGACCGUAAAAGACCCACAAACCGGACAGAAUGUCAUCCUGAGCGAGGAGGACAUUAAUUUGAUCAAAAGAAUCAGAGCCCAAAAGAUACCUGACGUUAGUUUUGAUGAAUACGCCCCUUGGAUUGAAUGGUUUACAAGUCAAGUAGAACAAAUGCCCAUAAGGAAAUUCCCCGAGCACAAAAGGUCAUUCCUGCCCAGUAAAUCUGAGGCGAAAAAAGUGUCCAAACUGGUCCACGCACUGAAAAUGGGCUGGAUAAAGACCAGGGAGGAGCAAGCGAAACUGCGGGCGAAAAAGGAGCCGCAGUUUUACAUGCUCUGGAGUACCGACGACCAAUCGGAGGAGAUGAGGAGGAUACACAAGCACAUCCAGGCCCCCAAGAGGCUUCUGCCCGGUCACGCCGAGUCGUACAAUCCCCCUCCCGAAUAUUUGUUCGAUGCGAAAGAGAUGAAGGAGUGGAACAAGUUGAAAAACGCCCCUUGGAAGAGGAAAUUGCAUUUUGUCCCUCAGAAGUUUGAUUCUUUGAGGAAGGUGCCCGCUUAUCCGAGGUUCAUAAAAGAGCGUUUCCUGCGUUGCCUGGACCUCUACCUCGCUCCCAGGGCCAUCAAAAUGAAACUGAACAUAGAACCGGAAUCGUUGGUACCGAAACUGCCCAGUCCCCGUGACUUACAACCCUUCCCGACCACUUUGGCUGUAGAGUACAAGGGACAUAGCGACAUGGUGAGGUCGAUCAGUACCGAUAGGUCCGGACAGUACUUGCUGAGCGGGUCGGACGAUUGUACUAUCAAAAUAUGGGAAAUCAAUACGGGACGUUGCCUGAAAACCGUCCAAACCGAUAGUAUAGUGAGAUCGGUGGAAUGGUGUCCGAAUGCCGCAUUAUCGCUGGUUUUAGUCGCAACCGGUAAUGAAGUGUUACUGAUUAAUCCUAAAGUGGGGGAUUUCGUGGUUAGCAGUCGUACCGAUGAAGUAUUAAUGGAGGCGCCGAAAAGUGACGUGGUUGUGAGUGAAAGGGUGAAAACGACAGUUCAGUGGUGCGAACCUGAACAAAAACUGUACGAUAGAGGGGUUCGAUUGCAACUAAAACACUUCAAGAUGGUCUCGCAGGUCACCUGGCACGGAAAAGGGGAUUAUUUCGGAUCGGUGAUGCCCGAGGGACAAAGUCGAUCCGUCCUAAUAUCCCAAAUAUCCAAAAGAAAAAGUCAACUGCCCUUCACGAAAUCCAAAGGGCUUAUCCAGUGUAUUCUGUUCCAUCCGACCAAGCCGUUUUUGUUCGUCGCCACCCAGAGGCACGUGCGGAUUUAUGACUUAUUGAAGCAGGCGCAAUUGAAGAAGCUCAUGACGAAUUCCAAGUGGAUUUCCACCAUGGCGAUCCAUCCUGGGGGUGAUAAUUUGUUAGUAGGCACUUACGACAGAAAAAUGCUCUGGUUCGACCUUGACUUGAGCACGAAACCUUACCAAACCCUACGACUUCACGGUACCGCCGUAAGGGGCGUGGCCUACCAUAAGAGGUACCCGCUCUUUGCCUCCGGUUCGGACGACAGGAGCCUCAUAGUCUCCCACGGGAUGGUUUACAAUGACCUUCUGCAAAACCCUUUGAUCGUACCGCUGAAGAGACUGCAAGACCAUCAACCCUUCAACGAUUUCGGUAUAUUGGACGUGCAUUUCCAUCCCUUACAGCCGUGGGUGUUUAGUGCGGGGGCCGACCAUACCGUUAAGUUGUAUUCGAAUUAGUGUUUUUUCAUUGUUUUUUUGACCAGGGUUAAUAAAAUACGUUUUUUUUAAUUGGCA